CACACGACUAAAUUAGACCAAAGAUGAUAAGAGCACAAAGCAUUAUAAUAAUUCCGCGGAGCUCCUCCUCCUUCCAGCCAUGCGUCCUAAUUAAUGGGACACCCCCAGUCGCAAAAAGCCCCGCACUGGACUGCAACAUAGUCAAAGAGUGAAAGGGAAGAGGGCGAAAGUGCCACUGGAGAUAAUUGAUUACCUACCAAUCAAUGAUAACUUGUUAGUAAUCGUCAACUCUUUGGACCUCGCCAUUUUCAGGGAGGCAUCUCACUCCUGCGGACUUGCUGCUCCCGAGGAUCGACACUUUGAAGACAUCCCAUUUUGGAAUAAGAUUUUCUUUUCUUCAUUCUCUCCUCCGUGAUUGUUUUUUUUUUUAAGCCUCCCAACUGUUAUGUGACUUUUUUCCUCGAUUGCAUUGCUCGUUUUUAACCGCUGAAUAUUUCAACGAAGUCUUUUACAAACUCUGCGCACAACCAAUGAUGACAUCCAAAGAAGUGGCCAAAUGUGAUGCAGUGGAGAACAGGAGGCGAAGUCCGCUGGACCACUUGCCGCCUCCUGCCAACUCCAACAAGCCGCUGACCCCCUUCAGCAUCGAGGACAUCCUGAACAAACCGUCUGUGAAACGAAGUUACACAAUUUGCGGCACAGCUCAUUUAAUUUCGUCCUCUGAGAAGCACCGUCCGUCCAGUAUCCCUCUGUCCAGCCGGGCUCUCCUCAACCAAACCUCCCCGCUCUGCGCGCUCGAGGAGCUCGCCAGCAAGACCUUCAAGGGACUGGAAGUCAGCGUUUUACAGGCUGCGGAAGGCCGGGACGGGAUGACUCUGUUCGGCCAGAGAAGCACCCCGAAGAAGCGUCGGAAGUCUCGGACGGCGUUCACCAAUCACCAAAUCUACGAGCUGGAGAAGCGCUUCCUGUACCAGAAGUACCUGUCCCCGGCCGACCGGGACCAGAUUGCUCAGCAGCUGGGCCUGACGAACGCGCAGGUCAUCACGUGGUUUCAGAACCGGAGGGCCAAACUAAAACGGGACCUGGAAGAGAUGAAGGCCGACGUGGAGUCGGCCAAAGCCGUCGGUCAGGUCCCUUUGGACAAGCUCGCCAAGCUGGCGGACCUGGAGAAAUGCGCCAACGGCACGCUGGGCCACCCGCGACCCGAUUCCCCCGCGCGGGGUGGCCAGCAGGAGCUCGAGCUCGCUCAGAAACUGCGGAACUCGCCGCUGUCUCCGUUCUCGGACCACACAACUAGUAAAGAGUGCUCAGAGGACGAGGACGUGGAGAUUGAUGUGGAUGACUGAUGUCGCAGCGUGGGGCUGGAAGGUCGAGAAACACAAAAAGACGAUUAAAAAACUUGUAACUUACUGCUUAUAUUGUAUACCAUAUCUCAGAACGUGUACCAAAAUGUAAUGACUUUUAUAUCGGCAGAGAUAGACCUAUUCAUAGUGAAGCAUGAACCCAGAACAACACAUAUGCAGUGGUAUUUUACAAUGUAUUCAUUAGCAAACGGUUACUUCUUGCAAUCAAAGCAAUAUGGUCUAAAAUGACAUGAGUAAGUUAUUAUUUUUUUACACUAUAGGCCAACAUACACAAACACACUUACACUUAAAGAGACACACACACACACACACACACACACCUGUUCCAAUGCUUUUUCUACAAGGCCUACCCUCAGACACACACACACCCCGAUGAAAGUGCUCCAGUUUUUCGUAUGUUUUGCAUGUGAAUGCAUGAUUUGAUUUGUGAUCAUUAUCUAUUUAUUUUUACUUUAUCGAUUUUUUAUUUAAAUGUUUUUGUGUUUUCUGUGAGCCAAGUCGCCAUUGAGUCACUGUGUCACUGCCGGCCCUUCUUCUUCUCCUCCUCCUCCUCCCCCCCCCCCCCCCCCCCCCCCCCCCCCCCCUCCUCAUCAUCUGACUGGACCCCCCUUGGAUUCAGUUCAUAUUUGGCGUCCCGAUGCUGCAGUGCAUGAUGAUGAUCGGAAAGGCAAAACUCGGACAUUCACAGUUAUGCGUUUUAUGGGAAUGCUCACGCGACGGCGAGGAACAAAAAUGAAUAUUGCGGUGAUUUUGACAAGCGAUAGGCUACUUUUUAGAUUUAUUGUUUGGAUACAAUAUAUUUACAGUUAUGAAUUUGUUAUGUUUUGUACACCUGUAAGUGCCUUUCUAAAAUCAGGACAUCAUUUGAAAAACCAAUGCACAGACUGUAAUGUAUAUAGGCUACUAUGGGAAUAAAAUGGCUUUUCUGAAUAUAUCUUUUACGUUGUAAUUCUUGAAUUAAUAUCGAGUUUUUAUUUGUUUAUUUAUUAUGGAUAAAAUAGCCUGGGCUUUAUUUUCUAUUGAGGACUACAAAUCAUUUUAGAAACACGCUCUCCUUGCCAAAUCUGGGCGUGUGAGCCUCUCAACAGAGGCCCAGUUAGAGCACUUAUUAUACUGAACUAUUUUGUCCCUUUGUGUCCUUUUCUACUAGGAUGCUUUAAACAUUAUGUGGCCCGGAAUCUCACAUCUCCUUUCACAUCCUAAAUGCGUAUCGUGGCUUCUUGACCCUUAGACGUGUUUCUCCAUUCGUGGCAAAAAUUUAUGUGAGAAACACAAAUCUGGUGCUGGGGGAAAAAAGACGAGGAUGCCACAAAAACACAAAGUUUUGGGCCAGUUUCUCCGAGCCUUUAUAGACCUUUUUUGUUCUGCGGGACUGGGCCGUAAUUUUGAGCGUAACGCAUGAAAAGUGGGGACAAAUGAGCAGCGUUCCCUGAUGGGACAAGCCACAAAGGAGCAGGGCCGGUCCCCCGCAGGCAGCAAUACUGAGACAAGUGUGUCCCACCGCACAAAAAGGACGCAAACGUUUGGAGGCCAUAUGGUUUUUGAAAUUUCCUCACAAUUUCAGACAAUUUGAUGGAUUGAGUUAACCCUCCUUUUAAACAGUUUAACUGGGUGCGAACAAAGGCCAUAAUGCCUACAUAGACUCUCCCUUCAUGAGGGCAUCUGCGGCUAUUAAUGUCUAGCCCUUUUCUUUUCCUGGCGUUUUGAACAAGUCAAUGAAUUACAAUGAAACUGCCCCUUUUUUGUGAGCCGCUUGUCUUUCUCCGCUUUUAGCUCUGGAAUAAUAUGUUUGACUUCUGUCCAAGAACGUUUUCUAAACAAGAAAUGGAUUUUUUUGGAAGUGUUUUUAAUGUUAAGUAGGGAGCCAUAAAGACUUUAGACUGUGACAUUUAUGCCAAAGUCUGGUUAGGGAGUCCUUUGUUUGUUUUCUUCUCAUCUCUUUUUUUCUUCUUCUGCCUCUUUAUUUCUUUUGUCUUUAAGGAGUUUAAUGAAGCUGAAAACAUAGUGAUGUGAGAAAGACAGUGUCCAAGAGCAACUCAAAAGGCUACCUCCCGUUUAACUCUCUUUGUUCAAAGAAAUGAUAAGUAGGGCUGUCUUCUUGUGAAUUGUUUUAGAAUGUUUGCUUCUUCUUUCUUCUCUUUUAACUUUUUACGGUUUUUUUCAGGACAAUCUGAAUAAGUUUAUAGACAUGUAAGCACUUAAUAUGGCUGAAGCUAUUG